CUUUCUGCCAAGACUCAGAUUGGCUACAGUUCAAGCCUCUGACUAAAUGAAUAUGUGAAAAGUUUCCAGGAUGCCAUAGAAGAACCACCCCCUUACCAUGGCAUGAACUUUCCAUACUUCUUUAGAUAUAAGCAAUGGAUACAAGAUCUCCAGACGCAAGCUGUUAUGAGGCUGUCUGUGUCUCCCCCGAAUUCUUAUGUUGAAGCCCUAGCUCUAGAUGUGCUGGUAUUAUGGGGCCUUUAGGGGCUCUCUGCAAGCCAGGGGAGGGCUGUCACCAAAACCAUUCUUUGCACUCUGGUCUCAGACUUCACAGCCUCCAGACUGUACCCAGACUGAUGGAGAGGCCAGAAUCUCUUCUCAAGCAUUGCUGGUCACUGUGUCAGGUGGAACAGAGAGCUGGGAACAGAGUGAUACUCGCCACUGCCAUCCACGACUCAUCGUCCAGGACAGACAACAAAGCCCGCGAAUGCCGUCGUAUUGGCUCCCUAAUGAGCCAUCGUCUAGGACCGCUGUUCUGCGCCAGUGCGCACGCGCGGAUUUAGCCCGUGGAGGCUAGCGGGCCAGGACCACAACUCCCAGAGUGCUCCGCACCCCCGCCGCCGUCUGGGAUUGCUGUUCUGCGCCAAUGAGCACGCGCGGACUCCGACUGCGGAGGCCGUGCCCAGGGACCACAAGUCCCAGAGUGCUCCGCGCCCUCGCCGCCGCAGCCGCCGCCGCCGUUGCCGAGACCAAGAUGGCCGGGAGAAUCGCCGCCUUUCUCAGGAAUGUCUGGGCCAAGGAGCCGGUGCUAGUGGCAUCCCUCACCAUCGGGGGUCUCGCUAUAAUUCUGCCUGCCCUCAGCCCCUACGUCAAGUACUCCAUCAUGAUCAAUGAGGCCACACCCUACAACUACCCAGCUGACAGGCCAACCCUUCUCUGUGGGCCCCCAGCAAUCUGCUCGUCUCAGUGGCCCACCCUCCUGUCCCACAGUGCCCCUCCGAGACGAUGGGAACAUGCCUGAUGUGCCCAGCCACCCGCAGGACCCUCAGGGCCCAAGCUUGGAGUGGCUGAAGAAACUGUGAGCUCCUCCAUUGACAGGGAGAGGCCCCCUCCCUGAUGGCCCCCAAUAAAAAUGUGAAAACCA